UUUUUUCUUCCACCAAUUGUCUAACAGCGGGAAUACACGCGAUUUUUUCAUGAAAGCAAAUAAUUUACCAAGUAUAAAUAAAUAAUUAAAUGAUUGUGAAAUUAGUGAUUAUAUAGCAAUAUAAAUAAUUUAAUAGUUGUGAAAAUUUAAAUAAGUAAUAUAUUUAGGAAAUACACGCUAAUUCGGAAGUCUUUUCAUAACGAAUAGCAAACGAAAAAGUAAUCGGAAAAUUAAAAAAAACUUGUCUACGAGGGAAAAUAGACGCUCGCUAUAUUUGUAUACAAUAAUAGGAAAACAUAAUUAAAGAAUUAAACAUGGAUAAUAUUGAACAUUUGUAUAAAUGUUAUGAAAUUUUAUCGGAUGCUGGUGACAAAAUAUCAGAACAUGUUUCUGAAUACAAGGACAUUUUGAAAGCCGUCAAAGGCUCAUCGAAGGAAAAACGUUUAGCUUCACAAUUUAUUGGUAAAUUUUUCAAACAUUUUCCGGAUUUAUCUGAUACCGCUAUUGAUGCACAAUUAGAUUUAUGCGAAGAUGAUGAUAUGCAGAUACGCCGCCAAGCCAUUAAAGAUUUGCCUAAAUUAUGUCAGGACACCGUAGGCAUAACAGCCAAAGUUGGUGACACCUUAGCCCAGUUAUUGGUUUUGGAUGAUCCUUUGGAAUUGCAGCAAGUUAACAAUUCCUUGCAAACUAUUAUCAAGAUGGACUGCAAGGGUUCUUUAACUGGUAUCUUUACACAAAUUUCAAAUGGUGAUGAACCGACACGUGAACGUUGCUUUAAAUUUAUUGCCACCAAACUAUUUGCCAUGGGACCAACGAUAGUUACCAAGGAAAUUGAAGAAUUUAUUAUUGAUGAAAUCAAGAAAAUUUUACAGGAUGUUACGGCCGAUGAAUUCCACUUGUGUAUGAAUAUUUUGGGAAGCACUAAACUCGGCACAACCAUAACAGGACAUGCUGAAUUAGUUAAUUUGGCCAAAGAACAAGCCGAACUUAAUGCUGACAUUGAUGCUAUAACCAUAGAAGAUGAAAUUGUUGAACGUUUCAUACAGUGUGCCACACACGCCAUGCCAUACUUUUCGAAUACCAUAAAAUCAACAGAAUUUGUGGUUUAUGUUUGUGAUAAAUUAUUACCUUUGAGCACUUGGAAUAUGAUAGCCACAGCAGCCGCACAAGAUCAAGUACAAUUGCGUUUGUUGAAAGUUUUUGCUGAAAUGUGUGCAUAUUGUGAUGUCUUAGAAAAUGCCACACAACGUAUUGACAAUAUUUAUCAAGUAUUGAGAGAGUACAUGCCUCUACCUCAGCUUAAAGAUGACGAAGACAUUAUUAGUCCUCCACCAUCUUUUCAAUUUUCACAUGCUGAGUGUUUAUUGCAUGCUGUACACACUUUGGGCAAAAAACAUCCCGAUAGUUUGUCAUUUGUUAAUGAUGCCGAAAAAUUAAAAGAUUUUCGCUCUAGAUUACAAUAUUUGGCCAGAGGUACUCAAGGUUAUAUUAAAAAAUUAGAGGAAGCUGUUAAAGGCAAAUCAGCCGAAGAUUUGAAAACCGAAGAAAAUCAAUUAAAAUUGACUGCUUUGAAGACUACAUCAAAUAUUAGCACUUUAAUAAGAGAUUUAUUCCAUUCGCCACCAAGUUUCAAGCACGAAAUUCAAUUGUCAUGGGUUAAACGUAAAAAUAAUAAACUUGGAUCUAAACGUCACGCCCCCAUAACCUUCGAUGGCAAAGCGGAAAACGGUAAAGAAGAAGAAAAGAAAACAAAAAAUGCAACAGAUCAGAAAAUCUAUUCGCCGCCUUCGGGUAAAUAUUCAGCCAAAGUACAAAACUAUGGCAACAAUCAAAACAAUCGUCAACGUUCUCGCAACUCUGGAGGCGGUGGUGGUGGCGGUGGCUACAGAAAUCGUCGCAAUUUUAAAAAAUACUAAACAUAAAUAUCAAUGUAAAAGAGUAGUGCAUAUUUAGAAGCUGCUUUUCCCUAAUAUUAGUUUAAUAAUAACAAACCUAAAAACAACAACAACAAUAUGAUAUGAUAUUUAAGCUGAUGAUGGUGGCUAAGCAACAAAAAUAUCAUGCAACUUUAAACUUUUUCAACACUUAACUAGUCUGCAAAUUCAAAUACAUUAAACAUAUAACUUAGAGUUAAACAAUUUCUUCUCCAUUACUUCCACUGCAAUUACUCUGCUCAUAUACGACAGCAAUUUCAAAGCAACACACAAGGGAGGACAACUUAAUCUCUUGGUCGUUUACUACUACAGAUUUAAAUGUGGUUGGAGAAAAUGAAAUCAAUCUUAAUUUUUCUGUUCUUCUCGAUUAUAAAAAGGUAAGCUUUACAACUUUUUUAAUAAUUUGAAUUUUUUUCUCUCAUUUCAGUUUUUUUUUUUGAUAAAAGAAAGUUUGAGCUUCUUCAAUAACAAACACUUCAAAUAAAGUAAAUUUUUCUCUUACGUAAUUGCUUUAACUCAUUUAGCUAAAUUGUUAAUACAUUUAUUUCUUUUUUCUUAAAAAACAAUUCUUUUAAUUUUUCAUGCUCUCGACAACUUAUGUUUUUUUUAUUAUUUGUUUUAUAUUCAUCAUUUUUUUUUUGUGUAAGCAAUUGUUAAAUGCUUUCCUUUUAUAAUAACUUUAAUAUGUUUACGAGAUUAACAUUUAAAAAAUGUUUCACCAUGUAAAUCAUAAAAGAAAAUUAUUUAUUUCUUCUUUUUAUUUAAAAAAAAAAUGAGUAAAUAUCAAAUAACUUACGAUAUUUUGUUUUCGAAACUAAUCACUUUAAUAAUAUAGAAAAGUAACUAUUUUACAAAACGUUUUUUUUAUAAUUUAAAUCUUUCUAAGCACUAUUUUCACCAUGUCUAGUUAUUUCUUUACUUCAAGUUGUACUGUCAGUAUAACUAUAGGUUAAACAAUAACUAAACAUUGUGAAAAUGGGGGUAAGUUUUCUUUUAAUUUGUUUAGAUUUUCUUUUUCCAAUUUUUUUUAUAUUAUUUUUUCCCCAAACGUUUUGUUAAAAGUUCUUUUCAAUUCAAUUUUCUCUUAAAUUCUUAUAAAUAUUAUAACGUUUUAAUGUAAUUUUUAUAUAUAUACUCAAAAAUAUAUAUUUAUAUUAAAAACAAAUUAAAAAGAACAAACAAAUUAAUUUAAUGAAAAAAAUUCUUAAAAUCGUAAAAUGAUUAUUGGUGUGUGUAUAUUAACAUUUCAUUCUCAUCUUUUUUUCUUCAUUUAUAUACACCGCCUUUAGUUAUUUCUUUAUUUCUUUCUUUCGGUAUAUAUUCAAUCAUUCAUAUUAUUAAUUGUAAUUUUAAAAUGAAUAAUAAAAAUAAUUAUUAUAAAUAUCUCGACUUUGUUCGUUGAAAAAAAAAAUAAAUCUACGAAUUAUAUAUGAGUCGCAAUAUACUUAUAUUUAAAUCAAUAAAAUUACAAAAAAAAAACAAACAAAAAAAA